AUGCUGUCAUCGUCAAAUUCAAUUCGCCUCCGACAACCUUCUGCCUCUUACAACUGUACCAUGACCAUGCAAAGGGAAAUAGAACGGCAGGUACGGGGCACACGCAAGCGCUUCCUCCUUUUCGACAGGGCGGCUUCGCGUCCGGCACAUCCCGUCACGUUGCCCUUCAUUCAUGAUUCCCGCUAUACCUCUAAACGCCUUCCGUUCUGGCAGAGCACUAUUCGUAUGAUGUGUCUAGUUGUUUUCCCACUGGCGUACUUAGGAGUCACGCUGUCGACGCUGCGAUUGCCAUCAUGGCAACGAGGCGGCAGGUGGGGCAUGGGGAAAGGGAGCGAUUUUAUUCCCCUUCUCGACGCCGUGCCUUCCCCUGAAGGACUGCAGGGUUCUGCGAUCAAGGGCAUUGGCAUCGUGGCUGCGUGCCGGAACAGGCAAGAGUUGUUGAAAGCUGUUUUGCCAAGUUGGCUUACAAUUUCGGGAAUUGCUGAAAUUGUGCUGGUGGACUGGUCAUCGUCUCCACCCUUGGCAGAGAGUAUUGAGGCAUGGGCAGAUGAUAAGAGACUCAAGACUAUCAGGGUAACUGGAGAACCAAAGUGGGUUCUCACGAGGGCGUACAAUCUGGCUGUGGCGGUCGCGAAGUCCGAAUGGAUUAUCCGCCUGGACUGCGAUUAUCGAAUUGAGAACGCCUUUCUCAACGCGCACUUUGGGAACACGGCAAAUACGAGCGUUUAUUACAAUCCUGCAACGAGAAGAUUUUGGAGCGGACAUUGGCAGAAUGCCCGCAAUGAUAAUGAGAUUCAUCUGAAUGGGGCUUUAUUGGUGCGAAGAGGGGAUUUCCUGGAGGUUGGAGGGUACGACGAGAGAAUCCAAACAUAUGGUUGGGACGAUGAGAAUCUGUUCAACAGGCUUGAGGGAGUCGGGCUGAAGCGUUACAAGCUAGACUAUAACCAGCUUGCACACACCUCCCAUGGAGACGCGUUAAGAAGGCAAAACGGAAUAUUGCUGCCAGAAGUGAGUAUAGAUUAUAACUCGUUACUGCUAGAACGAUUACCACAGUGGCAUGGGGCGGCGACAAGGGUGGUUGAGUUGGCUGGCAUGGCUCCUGGUCGGCAAAACACACUCCAGGUAUCGCGAUAUGAACGCAUGUCAACUGGCAAGGGCUCACGAGUAUAUUUGAAGCUCAAAGCAGUUUCGCACCCUCCUUCAGCUGCGGACCUGGUGCUUUCACAUGAAAAGUCAUUUGCAUUGAACUUAGCGCUUGGUCGUCGAUUACACGAUUCCUACGGUCUCUGUUGGGACCUGAUGACGCGAAUGGGGGCGGCACAACGCGAAAUAUUGCUACGAAACCUGAUGAAACUACGGCCAGAAGCGAAGCAGGCCGACGAAUUGCCGCGCAUCAUAGUGGUGCAUGUAAUGCACGGACUUGGUAACCGGUUGCGAGCGCUAGGCUCUGCGCUAGCAUUCGCGCGGAAGACGGGGCGAGCGCCUGUCGUAGUGUGGGAAGCGGACCGGCAUUGCGACGCGCGAUUCGAAGACUUGUUUGAGACCAGGCUGACGAAUGGAGAGCAGCUAGUGGUCGUGGACGGGAUAGGUGUGUCGUGGCCGUUGCGGUCUGCCUCCAAAUACGAUGCGAUGUGGUUGCGGUGGGCAAACUACAACUACAUGCAAAUGGAGGGCGGCGGGGCAGAAAAGGACGAGGUGAUUGAAGGAAGCACGACUCGGAACAUCUACUUCAAGGCAGCGUACGUGAUGAAAGUACGGCCAGGAGGGCUGACUGGAUGGGACUCGGCCAACCGGGAGCUGCGGCUACUCCGAGCCGUAGAGCCGGUGCGGGCAUUGGUGGGUGAAGUGAGACAAAAGCUGGAACAGUCGAUCGGGGUGCAUGUGCGGCACCUCGAUACGGGGCGGGACAUUGCGCGGGUUAACGCGCGGACCGAAUACGGAGCCGACGACCAGAUGUUGAUCGACUACUGGCGGGAAGCCAGCGGGCCCGCGGCAUUCGUGGGUGGAGUGAAGGAGGCGCUGAGCGAGUUUGCGAGCAAACGGGAGACGGUGUCGAUGGUGUUUGUGGCGGCGGACAGCGUGGAAUGGGCGGAGGCGCUGGCCGAGCUGUUGCCGGGAGCGACGUGGGGGCUGGGGCGAGAAGCAGACGAGCGGCUGGGUUGCGCGGGGACAGGUGGAGGGGACGGACGGUCGGUAGGGUGCCUGCGAAGGGCGGUGGCGGACGUGCUUUGUCUGGCGGGGACGAGGAUGGUGCUGGGAUCGAUGUGGAGCAGCUUCUCCGAGGCGGCGGGGCGUCUUGGGGGCGGGGAGCUGCGGCUGGCGGGGGGUCAGCAUGCCGACUCGUACAGUGUGUGUUCCGGCCGUACAGACAGCACCCACAUGGACUUGAAAAGCCCAGAUAAUUGCCGAUUCAUCACUCACAGUUUCUCCCCUCCUGCGAUGCUCCUUUUUAAAUGCCCCCAUUCAAAUCUUCCCUUCCGCCUGCCCCCAGCUCCCAUUUCUUGUCCCCCCCCUCCCCCACCCAUCUUCUUGCGCUCCACGCCUCCCUUCCGCGAUGGCACAGUCCGAGGCCGUGCGUGUCGUCGUGCAAGCGCGCCCGCUUCUCCCCUUCGAGACAGCGCACGGCGCCGCAGAUACCUUGAGCCUGACGUCCACGCCGCCCGCCGUACACGUCUCGCGCCCGCUCUCGCCGGACCUCGUCUUCUCUUCGUUCGACGCCGUCUAUGCGUCGCUCCCCAACGCACCGCCAGAUGUCCUAUACACCCGCCACGUCGCCCCCCUCGUCACCGGGCUGUUCGGAGGCGUCAACGCCACGGUCUUUGCGUACGGACAGACAGUCGGCUUCGUCGAGAUCUACCGCGAGCGCAUCCGUGA